AUUUGAACUAUCGCCUUUGCUUCUUUGUAGGGUGUUUCUUUGGGGAUGAUCUAAAGAUGGAAGGGAUCUUCUUAUAGGGAGUUCCUUAUCUCUUGAAGUGGAUUUCAUAUUGUCAGAAAUAUUUUUUUACUGCAAGCGACUGGAAUGAUUUAGAUGGAAUGAUGGUCAAACUGCUGCAAAGUGCACCAAUCGUUGGGUCUAACUGAAUAAUUGUUGUAACAAGGUGGUGUUUCUGGUUCAUAACACAAGGCUGCAGUAUUUCUAGUUGACAAAGCAUUGAAUCUGGGACUCUGCCUCCUCUGAAUGUCAAGGGAUAUUUGAUUGGCAACCCAGGAACCGGAGAAGCAAUCUAUCUGAAUUUUCUCAUCCCAUAUGCUCUCAUAAUAUGGGGAUAAUUUCUGAUGAGUUAUAUGAGGUGAUGCAUUUCUCUUCUUACAUUAAAAUCUAGUUCUAGUGUUAAGGUCAUGAAGUUCUAUGCUAAUUAGCUUUGCUCUGGUAUAUAUGUCAAUUGUCAACUGUAUAUAUAAAUAAAUUGAUGAAGGGAAGAACAUUAUAUCUUGCAUCAAACUAUUUUUACUUUUGUAGUCCACCAUUAUUUCUUGUGAAGGAGAGGAUUAUGAAAGUCCUAUCAAUAUUCUGUGUGCUGAGAAGCUUCGAAUUGUGAAUAAGGUUCUGUUAUUCAUACUUCACUAAAUACGCUAUACAUAAUUCCACAUGAAAGCUUGAAGUUGUCACCUCUUGACCUUGCAGUUCAUUAAUGAAAUUCAUGGCCGCAUAUUUUGGAGCCAAAAUUUCCACGAACAUCUCGGAACCCAAGGAACUUGGCCGGAGAAAGGAGAUUUCUCAAGGAUGACCAUGAAGAGCUUAUCGCCCCACCAUCUGCUCCCCCUCUUAAAUGCAGAUCUUUAUGCUUACUAUUUGUCCUAUAUUUGGGCAAACACCGAUGCCUUGAGAGAUGCUCUUCACAUCGGGAAGGGGACUGUGCCAGAAUAGAUCAGAUGCAACGAUUAGUUUGCAGUAUACCUAUGAUCUUCCAAGCAGCGUAAAAUACCAGCAAAAGCUCACAAGCCAAGGUUAUCGAGCUCUUGUUUACAGUGGCGACCAUGAUCUGUUGGUACCGCAUAUUGGAACCCAGACAUGGAUAAGAUCUUUGAACUACUCCAUUAUCAAUGACUGGAGAUCUUGGUUCUCCUGCGGACAAAUAGCAAGAUACAAGAGAACAUAUGCCCACAAUCUUACAUUUGCUUCUAUAAAGGUUGCUGGUCAUGCAGGUCCAGAGUACAAACCAAGGGAGAGCCUGGAUAUGAUUAAAAGAUGGCUUUCAUAUCAACAAUGCUAAGCACUUACUUGCCAUCUCCAAGGAUCAAACUUCUGAGGAUUCUCAUAAACAGUAGGAUCCAAAUGCGCGGCAGCAAAGAUCGGGAUCACACUCUAGCCCUUCGGUAUGUUGUAUCAUUCACAAUUUAUUUGAAAUUAACUAAGCAUAAAAAGAGUUGCAAUUGAUAAUUGGUAUUGUUCAUACUGACAAUUGUUUUUACCUUUAGAUUGAACAUCAGUGACAGCCUUCCUGUGCACAAACUUGAUGAUUUUCCCCAGGCUUAGAGUCUCACUCACAACCUUCAUUCAUUCAGUCAAAUGUUCUACAUGUUAUCACUCUUUAUUAGUUAAGAAAAGAAAAACUAUUCUUCAUCAAAAUAUUCAACA